CUCAGAAAAAUCUCUUCAGUUCAGAAUUAAACUCGCAAUAAAACUCACAAACUCUACAAAUAACAACAGAUCAGAACUAAUAACACUUAACAUGAGGCGAGGAGACGCGGCUGAGAUUUAUUAUAACCGUAAUCAGUUAAAUAAAAACAGCAGGACGGGGGCAGGUGAAGGUUAGCUGCUGUUAGCUGUAACUGCUGAGAUCCGCUAACGGUCCGACUGGACGUUUACAGGAUGGUGAAGCAGGACGCCCCUCGACGCCUCUCGUCCCGCCCCUCUAAACGUUCCUCCUGCUUGGAAUCCUCACCCGUGACGUCUCCCUCGCCUUCGACCCCGAGCCGCAUCCCCGACCGCGUCUACCUCAACGCCGCCGCCACCUUCCGGAACGCUCUUCGGGAGAAAGCCGCCGCCCGGCAGAUCCUCAGCUACGGGAGGCGCUCGGAGGGCGCGGCGUCCAGGCUCGAGGAUCCAGUAUUGCAGCGCAGGGCUUUCGACCUGGCCUUCAACACACUCAAAUAUCAGGAGCUGUUGGAGGACAUCAUGAUCGACAGCUGCUUCUACAUGAACAAACCUGUGCCCGAUGACCUGAUGAGUCUGGUGGUGGUCAUGCUGUACGACCUGCAGGACAGAAAGUUCCUCCCACGUGAGCCGCCGUCCAGAGACGAGGAGACGGAACCCGAGGUCAGACAGGUGGAGGAAUGUCUGCUGAGGUUCAGGACGAAGCUGGCGGCCUCGUUAGCGCGCUGCAGAAUCAAACACGACCUGCUGAGUAUCGAUCACAUCCUGCCUGAGAGCAUCAGACUGAGACAGGAGAGAGGAAACAAGCUGCCUGUGUACUGCUGGGUCAACACACUGCUCACCGGUAUGAAGGAGGUGUGUGAGGCGUUGAAGACGGACGGAUUUUCUUGUCUGAGCUCCAUCAGUGAGUUGGAGGGGCGGAGUUUCUGUGAGGACCGACACUGCCGGGACCUGCUGGUGUUUCCUGCAUCUAUGAAAGAAGAACUACAGAAAAUCCACCUGCUGCAGGAGCACAAGCUGAUCGUACAGGACAAGUCGUGCUGCGUGGGGCCGUGUGCAUUGCGCCCCCUGCUGGCUCCUGAAGGAGACGUUCUGAUGUCCGGGUCCUUCUCGGCGUCCACGGUGGCUCACGCGGCGGCCGUGGUGGAGUCUGUGUGCACACACACUCAAACACAGCGCUCACCGAACUCCAGCAAGCAGAAGCCCGGCGCGGUGAGGGUGUGUGUGUGUGUGGGAGAGCGCUCGAGCGCCCACAGAGAGGAACUGCAGGAGGUCCUCACCAGCAUGGGCUGCACCAACGUGAAGCUGCUGCCCGAGUCUCUCCACACUGUGGACGUGAGUGACGUACGACUGCAGAGGGUUCAGCUCGUCCUGCUGACUCCACAGUGUUCUCUCACUGCUGUCUCAAACCCCAUCGACUACCUGCUGCAGGAGAGCGGAGACACAGAGCUGCUGCAGGAUCUGUCUCAUGGUUCCGUUUCACAAUCCAGACUGGACACACUGGUAUCUCAGCAGUACAGAGACCUUCAGCACGCCCUCCACUUUCCUAAAGUGCGAGGUGUGGUGUACUCCACCUGCUCGUCACGCCCAGAGGAGAACGAGGAGGUGGUGAGACGGGCGCUCACACGUACAGAACAACCUGCUGCUAAACUACAGCCGUUCAGGAUCAGUCGAGCGUCUCUGCUGCAGGAUGAUGAUGAGGAUGAGGAUGGCAGCGGGGAGACGAAGACUGAUUUCUUCAGACUGGACGAGUCUGAUGAGAGUAACGGCUGUUUCGUAGCCGUACUAACACGCCAGCCAGAACCAGUCGUGACGGAAACACCACAGGAAGUGAUCGCUCACGCUGUCGCCACCGGCCUACUGGACGGGAUUCGACCCGAGCAGCGACCCAAGAGAGACGGACACGUGCAGAAGACCCGGAGAGGAGCCUCCAGACAGCCACGCCCGGCCCACCCGCGGCCCCGGGUCUCUCUCAGCUCCCAGCAGUCUCGCGUGGAGGAGUUUCUAAAGCGGGAGAUGAAAGCCAGCAGCUCGGCUCCGAUACUCACGCGGGACACGAGGAGCGACGUACACUUACCUCCAGGUAACCCCAGAGCUGCUCAUCAGCACCUGAUCAAGUCCAGCUCAUCUACUACAGCAUCCACCUCCUCCAUCACUGAUUCUGCCUCCUCCACCUCCUCCAUUACUGCCCCCGUUCCCCCAGAUAUGCUCCCCAUCUUCUCUAUUACUGCCCCCACCUCCUCCACCUCAAGUCCUGCCAUCGUGAACACAGCUGCCCCCCUCUCCUCCACCUCGGACCCCACCGUCUCAGUCGUCAGCCUCAUGCCGUCCCAUAAGUUCCCGAAUCGAACCGCCGGUCGCCGAGCUCCGGUCCCUGUACUGAAACCCGCCGCCCCACCCAGAGUCAGACAGGAAGUGCUGCGCCCCGUGUUGCUGGCCUUUCCUCCUGCGCUGUUCCCGUCACUGCCCUCCCCCCCGGCUCCUGUCAGACCCACCUUAAAUACGUCCUGGACGAACUGGCCCCCGUCUGCACCGCUGACACACACACGGUCCUGCAGUAACGCCACACACCCGCGCCCGUGGUUCUGACACACACACACACACACACUCCUACAGCACGUCACAGACCCGCGCCCGUGGUUCUGACACACACACACACUCCUACAGUACCAUCACACACCCACACCCGUGGUUCUGACACACACACACACACACUCCUACAGCACGUCACACACCCACACCCGUGGUUCUGACACACACACACACACACACUCCUACAGCACGUCACAGACCCGCGCCCGUGGUUCUGACACACACACACACUCCUACAGUACCAUCACACACCCACACCCGUGGUUCUGACACACACACACACACACACU